GCUACUUUUACUCCUGAUCUGCCGCCUCCUCCCCUCUCCCCCUCCCUCCUGCUCCUCUCUUCCUCUUAAUCACUCUAUCUUUCUAUUUUCUUUUCUUUCUUUUGAUUUUCAACAUGCAGGCCUUCCGUCGUAACACCCUGUCCGGUCUCCGGAAUGCUGCUGCUUCCGCGCAGCGUCGAGCCUAUGCGAAGCCUACCCCGGCCUACGCUGAGACCGUCAACAACCUCCGCAUCAAUGGCGACACCCGGGUCAUCUUCCAGGGUUUCACGGGCAAGCAGGGAACUUUCCACGCCGAGCAAGCCAUUGCCUACGGAACCAAGGUUGUCGGUGGUACCAACCCCAAGAAGGCCGGCUCGAUGCACCUCGACCGCCCCGUCUUCGCGAACGUCAGCGAGGCCGUGAAGGAGACCGGUGCUACCGCCACGGCCCUCUUCGUCCCCCCCCCUUUGGCUGCUAAGGGUAUCGAGGAGGCUAUUGAGGCGGAAAUCCCCCUGGCUGUCUGUAUCACUGAGGGUAUCCCUCAGCACGACAUGGUCCGCAUCACGGACAUCCUGAAGACCCAGAACAAGACCCGCCUGGUGGGCCCCAACUGCCCCGGUAUCAUUGCUCCCGGUCAAUGCAAGAUCGGUAUCAUGCCCGGUUUCAUCCACAAGCGUGGCCGUGUUGGUAUCGUCUCUCGUUCCGGUACCCUGACCUACGAGGCCGUCAACCAGACCACCCAAGCCGGCCUUGGUCAGUCGCUGGUCGUCGGUAUCGGUGGUGACCCCUUCUCCGGCACCAACUUCAUCGACUGCCUGAAGAUCUUCCUCGAGGACGAGGAGACCGACGGUAUCAUCAUGAUCGGUGAGAUCGGUGGCAGCGCCGAGGAGGACGCCGCCGAGUUCUUCAAGGCCAACAACCGGUUCAACAAGCCCGCCGUCAGCUUCAUCGCCGGUAUCAGCGCGCCCCCCGGCCGCCGCAUGGGUCACGCCGGUGCCAUCGUCAGCGGUGGCAAGGGUGAUGCCAACUCCAAGAUCACCGCCCUCGAGGAUGCCGGUGUGAUUGUCGAGCGCAGCCCGGCUGCCCUGGGUAAGGCCCUGCUCGCCGAGUUCGUCAAGCGGGAUCUUGUCUAAAUAGGUGGGGGAUGAACAAUGAGGGGAUGAUAGAGAUGGCUUGGGUGCAACACGGAGUAUUCAACACAUCCAGUCAGAGACGGGUGGAUGCGUGAAAAACUGUCGACUCGCCGUGUUGGGAGUUGCAGGCUGGGUGAACAUUGAUCCUCUCGACUAAUAGACGACCAACCUUCCUUUUUCAUUUCAUUUCUUUUUUUUGUUUUCUUACUCCGUCCGAGUUCUCUUGGUUACCUCUUCUGUACUUUUCCACUGUUCCGCGUGUAUUGUCAUUGGUUUAGAGAUUCUCGGAAGUGUAGUAGUUAGGUCGAUGUAAAUUUUUCAGAUCAUGGUGCAUGAGACAGACUGAUGAAUGGAGUGUU